AGUAAGUGUCGUCAACCUGAAAGGCGUUUUGAAUGAUUACACAGCAUAACAUUUUAAUGCUUUGGCAUUUAGCAUUUAACGUUAACGCUCGCGCGUAAAUGACGCAAUUCAAACUAUGCGCAAAAGCACAAGUGAAAAACGUGUAGAUUUAAUGCAAUUUUUCCUUUUGUUCUAUGCGAGCUUUACGCUCACUGCAUUGUGUGUUUUGCGGGCGGAAAUUUUUCUGGCGCUUCGGAUUUACUUUUCCAACCAAGAACGAAUUGGAUUACGCUUCACAAAAUACUUUAGAAAAAUGAACAAUGACGAUGUUAUCUCAAAACGUUUAAAAUUAUUUUCAAAAAUAAAAAAACACAAAAAAUUACAAUGAAAAUAGAUUAAUAUAAUAUUAAUUAAAUAUUAUCUAAUAUCUAUUUAUAAACUCGGUCUCAUAAACUAAAUUUCUACUGAUUAAAAGAUUUAAUCCGCGAGAAUCAUGCCACCCAUUUUUUUAAAAUGUCACAAGGCCAUUUCAAUGUUAUGCUAACACUGUAAACGCACAUUAUGUGACCUAUCAAUUAGCAAAGUUAAGACGGAUGAUACGAAAUCAUUUCAUGCAGCCCUCAUCGCCAAACAAAAGGUCGUUGACUUUCCCAGCGCAGUCUGCGCGCCAACUUUCGAGUAAUUAACAGCGCCAUGAACAAUAAUGUCCGCCCGUUGUCGCCACACAAUCGGCUAAAUUAAAUAAUGAGUUACAUAUUUAUAAAUUGACAAGCGCGAUAAUAAACUUAAUGAUGCGUGUGCGUUUAAAACCCAAGUGCCCCAAGUGGACUUGUUGCGCUGCAUUAGAUCAGUUGUCAGUACGAGUCGGGCCAUUCGCGAGCAACAGUUGAAGUAGGCACUUGUCGAAGAAAUGUCAGUGGAACGCAUUGAAGCAGCCGGGAGUGGUGAACUUCUUGAAGGACCGCAUUGGGACCCAGCCACUGAAAGCCUCUACUAUGUGGAUAUCUACAGUCGGAAUCUGUUUAAGUACACGCCGGAGACGAAUAAAUGUGUCUCUGCACAUGUAGAUGAAGGCUGGCCGUCGGUGAUAAUACCGGUCGAAGGUCAAUCCAACCGAUUCCUAAUCACGGUAAACAACCAGCUCGGCGUCGUGGACUGGGACGGCAGUGCAUGCAAAGUGUCGCCGCAGAUAAUCGCCGAAGUUGAGGGCAAUCCGGCAGGUCAUCGAAUCAACGAUGCUAAAUGUGAUCCGUUGGGACGCCUCUGGUUCGGUUCCAUGGGGCCGGAGCCACAACGUCUGCACAUUGAGCGCAACCGUGGUACACUCUACAAUCUGAUGCAUGAUGGCAGCGUUAAAUCACAUUUCGACGGGAUUAGCAUUCCCAACGGGCUCGCCUGGAACGAGGAUAACACUUUGUUUUAUUACAUCGACUCCUACAAGUAUUCAAUCGAUCAGUUCGAGUACGACCAAGAAACAGCUACGAUUUCAAAUCGCAAGCCAAUCUUUUCGUUGAGAGAGAAUAACAUUGAAGGUAUUCCUGAUGGAAUGACCAUUGACACAGACGGCAAUCUUUGGGUGGCCAUUUUUGAUGGAUCUUGUGUUAUUAAAAUUGAUCCUAGGCAGCCAGAGACUUUGCUUCAAAAGAUUCAAGUCCCUGCUAAACAGGUGACUUCUGUAGCGUGGGGUGGUCCUAAUUUGGAUGAAUUGUAUGUUACAAGCGCUAACAUAGUCAUUGAUGGAGUGAUUAACCCUGGCAUUCAUCAUGGCGGUCUUUUCCGCAUUACUGAGUUGGAUGCACGAGGAUACCCAGCGACGAAUGCUAAAGUUUAGAAGAUUUGGUGAUUUGUAUGUCUAACUUGAAUAUGUUUUGCUUAUCAGUUAUAAUAUUAUAUUGUGCUUUUUAUAAAACAAAUCUAUCCUGACCUCUAUUCUCCUUCAUACGUUAUCAUCUGUGAAAUCUGUAUUUCGUCAAAUAAAUGGUUUUGAAUGUAA